UACCAUGGCAAUAUCAUCAUUCACAAAUAUUUUAAACCAACUUGUAUCAGGGAAAAUAAAAAUUAAGCUACUCAACCACAUCCUGGAAAACAAGAGUGCUUUCUUUGACUUGCUUAAUUUAGAUUGUUUUUGUGACAAUGAACAAUACAGGGACACCAAAGCCAUGAACAGGCUUCUUGAAUGUAGACAAGAGGAAGUGAAUGCUAUAUAUCAUGAGAAAUCAGUGGUUGAUGCUCUCAUUACAGUGUGCCGCAAUCUACAGAAACAUCCGAGGGUUGAUUUUGAAGGGUUGGAAGACAAACGCCGUAAUGACAUUGAUGAGACGGACCUGGACAUGUUUGUGGAUGUCCAUUUAUUAAAUCAGAUUCCCUCUGCAGUAAGAGUAGUCAACUACUUUGAGCUUGAAGAUGAUGUUCGAUCUAUGGCAGAGGUCCUAUAUACCUUCAAAGAAGGCUACAUCUUCAGAAUGUGUUGGAUGAAUGAGGCAACAAAGUUUGCUCAAGAUUAUGGAGCAGUUUCUUCAGAAGGCGAUAUGGCUAUCACACUCAAAAAGCUUCACAGUGAAAUAUUUAAACCAUGCCACAAUGCCUACAAAAACAUAUACACAGGGCUUAAAGAUGGCAGCAUCACUUUUGAAAAUAUUGAUGUGACAUUCAGAGCCUACAAGGGAAAAUAUGAAGAACUGGCAGCAGAAGUUGCAAUCUUAUGCAGACUGGAUCACAGUGAUGACCGACGUUGGGUCCAGACAAGAGUCCAUCAGAUUGAGCAGUACCAUGAGCUUUAUCUGGCAAUACAGUCAGCUGAGGUGGUCAUGAUGGUCAAAGAGACGCUUUGCCUACAAGGAGACUUUCAAGUCUUGGAGAAGUUGCUUAAUACUAGACACGUGGAUUUUAAAAAGGAGCGUCUUGACAGCAUUGAUGAUGAGUUGGUGCAGGCAAAAAUUGUGCUUGUGGAUAUCACAGAAUCCCGCAGACU